AUGAGCCAUCUCCCUCCCACUCCCCUCCCACGUCGUCUCGUCAGCCAGCGAGAUGCAAGUCGCGACGAGUCGACUGUUCAACCAGCCUGCCACCGCCUCCACCACCGCCACCUCUCAAAGGGAUUCGGCUGCGGUAGCGGCGGCACCGGCGGCGGCGGCGGUGGCGUUGAACGUUUUGCGCACGGCAGUCGGACGACAAUGUUUCGCCCCGUCGGUAGUGUCCUCCCGUCGAUCGAGACCGAAGAGAAUACGAAUUCGACUGCGACUACGGUGGUGGCGCAGCGGUUGCAGUCGAUGUCAAGCGGUGUUGUUCGCGUCGUGUCGGCCGAUACGGUUUUCGCGUAG